CAUGCAGAGGAUGCGUUAUUAGCAUCUUCUUCCACAAGAAUGGCUCCCAGAAGCAUCACCGUGGCAACCGUUCUCCUCUGCUUCAUACUGGGCAUACUAAGUCCAGCUCCAGCUGCCUGUUCCCAUAUGAACCAAGGCUGCUGUACAAGUUACAGCAGGAAGCCAGUGCCAGUACGGAAUAUAAAGGGCUACAAAGAACAGACCAUCGAGGAAAACUGUCCCAUCAAGGCCAUCAUUUUCUACACUGUUAAUAAGAACUUCGUGUGUGCGACUGAUGAGGACCAGUGGGUGAAGAAAGCUCUGACGAUACUGAGUUUCAAACUGAGGAAGAUGGCAAUGAAGAAAUCUGGAACCCAUUCAGUCAAGGAUGGAAGUAAACCUUUCUCCACAACAACAGCGGCUUUUCUAAACGCUACUGAAAGUUUUUAUGAGUAAAUAUGUUUGCUUUCAUGAUUUGGAACAACCGGAUCUGUUUUAGAGAAAGGCCAACUGGAAGAGCGGUUUGAGUCCUGAAUCCAGUCAUGUUAAGGAUAUAAUCUCUUAAAAGUGUUAUAAACUGCUUCACUAUUAGUUUGGUUUCUUUUUUUAUUAUCAUUAUUUUACUGAGUUAGUCAUGUAACUCUGUUUUAACAACUUAAUAACAAGAACAAUCUUUUCCAUUUUCUCUUUGACACUUAGAAAAUAUCAGUGAAAAUCUGUCUUUAAUUCAUUUUUCUGACUUUGCCAUUUUAUUUGAAAUUAUGUCAAAUCUUCUGCAUGAAUAUGUUUAUGUGCAUAAAUAUACUCAUCUAAAUAAAAAAAACAUAUAAGUGUAUUUCAUC